AUUCCAACCUUUUUAUUUCUUGAUCAUAUUACAGUUGCCAUAUUGCCAUCACCAUGGUCAGUGAAAAUAAAAGGCUAGUUGAGGAGGUGUCUAGUUGGCUAAGAGUCUUCGACGAUGGCUCGGUCGAUCGGGAGUGGACUGGACCUCCCGAGAUUCAGUUCAUGGUGGAGCCCGUGCCAGCCCACGAUGAAUUUGUUGACGGCAUUUCCACAAAAGAUGUUGUUGCCGACAAAUCAUCCGGCCUUCGCGUCCGAAUUUAUUUACCGAAGCGAAAGCCGGAGGGUUAUGACACCAAGCUACCAAUAAUCCUCCAUUUCCACGGGGGUGGCUUUUGCAUAAGUCAAGCUGAUUGGUACAUGUACUACCACAUAUACACUAAGCUAUCUCGCUCCACGAAUGCCAUUGUAGUCUCUGUAUAUCAGAGGCUCGCACCGGAGCACCGUCUCCCGGCUGCCAUUGAGGACGGCUAUUCCGCUCUCCUUUGGCUCCGGUCAUUGGCUCGAGGGGAGCAAAACGAGCCACUCCUAAGCCAUGCAGACUAUAACCGUGUGUUUCUUAUUGGAGAUAGCUCCGGAGGAAACAUUGUCCACCACGUGGUGGCUCAAGCGGGGACUGCGGAUCUGAGUCCCUUAAGACUUGCCGGCGGGAUUCCAAUCCACCCCGGUUUCGUGCGAGCGGAGCGGAGUAAGUCGGAGUUGGAGCAGCCUCAGUCACCUCUCCUUACCCUAGACAUGGUGGACAAGUUCUUAGGGUUAGCCGUUCCAACGGGGUCCACCAAGAACCAUCCCAUAACUUGUCCGAUGGGUCCCGAGGCCCCACCGUUGGAUAAUCUGAAGCUUCCGCCGUUUCUUCUCUGCGUUGCUUCCAUGGACUUGAUCAUAGACACGCAAAUGGAGUACUUUGAGGCCAUGAAGAAGGCCAACAAGGAUGUGGAGCUUCUAAUCAACGAGGGGGUGACUCAUAGCUUUUAUCUGAACAAGAUUGCUGUCGACGCGGACGCGGAAACAGCCGCAGAAACUGAGCGUCUGAUUGCAGGGAUCAAACAGUUUAUCAAGAACCAUUAUGAUUGAAGGACUUGGCCUUCUCAGUUUUUAUAUAAUUUUGGGUUUUGGUAUCGAUUUUAUUUUAUUUUAUUUUUGUUCUUCUGGUGAAUGCAAGAGACAGUUGGUGUGCCACACAUGUUUUUUAGAUCCGCAUACAAAAGUGAGGGAUCCCAUGGAUAGAUGAUGAGAUAUAUCUUGUUGGAACAUUAUCGGCUUCUAAGUUUUUUUUUUUUCUUCUUUUUUCUUUACAGAAGUGUUUACUACCCCAAAGAGUGUCUUACGUUCUUUUUCUUUAUUGUUAUGCCUUCUGAUUGCUUUCAGACUGCGAAUGUCUUCAAUAAAAUUACCGAUAUGUUCAUGUUCUCA